GGUGUCCGUGAUUGCAUUUGCUAAGCUAGGUCUCGUCUAACCAGAGGCAUAUGUAGAUCUCAUAUUCGCGGUACCUCCUCUGUUCGGUGGCUGUUAUCGUUCAACUGCUUUGACGUACCAACGUCAAACUAUCCUGCAAUAACGUUCGUUUCACCGUUCGUUAAUUCAUUUCUCCGCUAUUCCUGUCUUUGUAUUCUAAUAAUCGAUCCACCUGUUAACGGAUCAUCGUCAGUAAUAAGGUGAUUAGAAUUUAUUGUCUUUUACGAUGAGUCUGAUUUCGUUAUGGCGGUAAGAAGAAAGAACGAACUUUGAACUAUCGUAACAAUGUAGAGAUAUUUAAAACGGGACUUGUAUUUAUAAAUUUUCAACGUUUUAUAAACAUUGGGAAACCGAUAAAUUGAAACACUUGGAUGGAUGUUGCGCUUGUGCAUAUGCGCGCAUAUGCACUGUUGAUUCGCGGCUAUCGCGUGGAGAUAUUGAACGCAUUAGUUAUAUGGAAAUCCAUUUUGUGUAGACGCUGCGCUCCAUCUGAUGCACAACGAGAAAAACGUCAAUUACAACAGAUUCUAACGUCCAUGCGACAGUUGAAUUUAGAUUUGUACGUUCGCAGUGACGGAGCCCGAUAGUGAUCAACCAUUUAGACGACAUGGAAAACGCGGAAGAUGUCAGGGCUACAGUCGAAUUGUACAUUUACGACCUUUCGAAGGGCAUGGCUGCUACGAUGUCCAGAAUCGUUAUAGGUCGACACAUAGAGGGAAUAUGGCAUACAGCGAUUGUCGCCUAUGGAAGGGAAUACUACUUCUGUUCAAAUGGCAUUCAGAGUUCCAGGCCCGGCGGCACAGUGUUAGGGGAGCCGAACAAGGUGGAGAAAAUCGGUGAUAUCUACUUGCCGUACUCUGUAUUCCUGGAAUACAUACACGGCUUGGGAACGUCCAAGUUCGCCCCGGGUACGUACAAUCUCUUCAAACACAACUGCAACUGUUUCACGGAGGAAGUUAGCAAUUUCUUGGCAGGCAAGGGUAUCCCGAAGUACAUUCUUGAUUUACCGGAAGAAAUAUUUCAAACUCCGAUCGGACAAGGUUUGAAAUCCUUGAUUGGGAGUUUAAGCAGCAGCUCGAGUGGAUCGGUGUUAUUUACAGUCGGUCAAGUAUUCCUUGGUUCGAUCAAUCAGAGGGAAGUUUCGCCGGAAUUCGAGCUUUUGAACGAGGCUGUCGAGGAAGCAAGGCUGAACUCGAUCGCGUUAGAAGAAAGGAGAAACGAACUUAACGAAAAACUUGCGAAGAAGGACCGGAAGAAAAAAAAGAAGAAGAAGAAGGAGAAGAAGGAGAAGAAGCAGAAAGGAAGUAGGGACAGCACCGCGAGCGACACUAACAGUACCGGUCCGAGCAAUUGCGCAGACAUGGCUGAAAGCGAAACUGUAUUGAGCGAGAUGCAAGCCACUAAUGGAGAUACCACAGACAUGUUACCGUCCGAUAGAGUCCUGCAAAUGGAAAACGAGGAGAAGAUGGAACUGGAGGAACGGAAACGUCAUCGUGACCCCCCCAUUGUCUUUAAAGAUUUAAUAGACGUAAAGUCGGAAUACGAGGCGUUGUCUAAUUUAUUGGAAGGAAAGUUAAACGAAGAAGAACGAGUGUGCAUGCAGGAACUCGAACAAUAUAUUAUAGAAAACGAGGGCUCUUGGGCACUUGGGGAUAAUUUCUUAAAUUUCGUAGGGCGAAUUCUAUACGACAAAUCCCUAUCGAGCGAUACAAGAGUGAAAUUGUUGAACAUCCUUUCCGUUGCUGCGUUAAAAGACGACGUGAUUCUUUUAUUGCACCAGGACAGAAGAGAACAUAUUAUUAUGAAUUACGCUUUCGACAUUGAUCGUCAUCCCCAGGAAGAACAGCUGCCUCUCACGCAAUUCUUGGCAAAUAUGUUCGAAAACCUAAGUAGUUCGGAAUGGCUAUUGUACAUAUCGGAAUGGCAACACCAGAACCAGAAUAUCAGCAAUAUAAGGGUGACGACCAAAGUUGCGGUACACUCGUUGCUUUCGAACUCGGUUGACAUGCAGACUCGCGGCACGGCUGUUAUCCACAAUCUUGCCUGCAAGGAGAAAAUGAACAAAAGUAAAAAUCUGCGGCGACUUUUACCAAAAGGCAGCAUUUCUAAGGUAUUCGACGAUGUUGCUGUAGAGUUGACGAUGGCGUUGCUGCAAUAUUUUAAUGGCAAUCCCGCCGAGGAACAGUUGUUCGCUUGCAUGAAAUCAUUGGCGCGUUUCACGCAAAUCAGCGGCCAGGAGGUACCACAACUUAUACAAAUGAUUGGGCCAGAGCCAAACAAGUUUCGUGGAGUUUCCGACAGGAUCGACGAGCAAAUUGAUCAAAUCAAUAAGAAAUUGCGUUAAGGUACACACUCUGUGAAACAAUCGCAUUGAAAAAUCCUGAAUUCCAAGCCGCGAUGCGAUCCGGAGCGCUGUUAUUAUGUUAUAACUGAAUUUUUACAUAGAGAUUUUAUUGAAAUAAACUGCAUAUAAAAUGUAUUAUUAUACAAUUAUUA